UUGUUUGUUUAUGUUAUGGAUAAAGUAAGGUCAAUCUGAACCUUGAUCCUAAUGUAAUUACUGAGCCGUUGAUAUGACGGUUCAUGCAUUGCUACAUUUUUUGGGAAGAGAAGUUAUAAACAGAUAAAUGUGCAGAAUUAAAAUGGCCCAGGAUGGAAGUCCAAAAGAAACUAUUGAGUCUUUGACAAAAGAAGUGGAAAUAUUGAAGGCUAGACUAGAAGAUGAAAGACAAAAACUGAAUGAUGUUAGUUUAGCUUCAGUUGGCGAAAGGUUAGAAACAAUCAAUUUUCAGAACAUAAAACCAAGGCGUCUUUUAAAGGGCCAUCAAGCUAAAGUUCUAUGUUCAGAUUGGGCACCUGAUAAACGUCACAUUGUAUCCUCUUCUCAGGAUGGAAAGAUGAUUAUUUGGGAUGCAUUUACCACUAAUAAAGAACAUGCUGUUACAAUGCCUACAACCUGGGUAAUGGCAUGUGCCUAUGCCCCUUCGGGCAACUUUGUUGCUUGUGGAGGACUCGACAACAAAAUUACAGUUUAUUCAAUUAGUUUUGAAGAAGACGCUUCAAGUAAGAAGAAAAAUGUCGGGACACACACCAGUUAUACAUCAUGCUGCACGUUCCCUAAUUCAGAUCAGCAGAUUUUAACUGGAAGUGGAGACUCAAGUUGUGCCUUAUGGGAUGUCGAAUCGGGACAACUUCUACAAAAUUUUCAUGGCCAUACUAGUGAUGUUAUGUCAUUAGAUUUAGCCCCAUCUGAAGCAGGAAAUACUUUUGUUUCUGGUAGCUGUGACAGAAAAGUGUUUGUUUGGGAUAUGAGGACUGGCAAUUGUGUACAAUCUUUUGAAGGACAUUUAUCAGAUAUCAAUAGUGUUAAAUUUCAUCCAAGUGGUGAUGCUGUCGCCACUGGCUCAGAUGAUUCAACAUGUCGUUUAUUUGAUCUGAGAGCAGACAAAGAAGUCGCAGUUUACACUAAGGAAAGUAUUAUUUUCGGUGCCAAUUGUGUUGACUUCUCUGUCAGCGGAAGAUUGCUGUUUGCUGGUUAUAAUGAUUAUACCAUUAAUGUAUGGGACACAUUAAAAUGUGUUAGAGUUAGUUUGCUAUAUGGCCAUGAAAAUAGAGUUUCGUGUCUCCAAGUUUCACCAGAUGGCACUGCUUUAUCAACGGGUAGUUGGGAUUCCACUCUAAGGGUAUGGGCUUAAAACUGGAAUCCUUUUGUACUGUUAAAUAGUAGGGAAAAUAGUUGUAUUAUAGGUUUUGAACAUUAAUCUGGGUUAGCUUAUUUCCAUUUAUUAAAAGCUGCAAAAUUAUUAAAAGUAUAAUAAUUUUAACUAUUUUGUAAGACACAUGUUAGUAUAAAUUUAAUCAACAUUUCAUGAACAAUAUCGCUGUGAUAACUUUAAAAAAGACAAAAUGAUUAUUAAAGAAACAAGUGGAUAAAGCUAGCCCUAUUGAAUUUUCAUUCAAGUAUUAACUACUCCUUUAGUAAUACUCAUGCAUAUUCCUGUGAAUUACUAAAUUAUAAGAUUGUUAAUAUGUAAAAAUGAAUUUUGGCAACAAUGUACAACAUUUGAAAAGUGAAAAAAGUAGUCAUUAACUUAACUUAAUGACUAUUUUUUUUUCUAGCCUGCUUGAAUUUGUUAAAUGUACGUAAUAAAUGAAGAAUUAGUAUUUCAUUAUUCAAUAAAUUCUCUAUCUUUUGAAAUGGUUUAAAUUAGGUUUUGAUAUUUAAUUGAAAAUUAAUUUUGUUUAAUGUACAUUAAUGUUAAUGCUUAUUCAGUUACUUCCCUGAUACAUAAACACAUUAUUCUAUGCUACCUGUUUUAAUGAUAUGUAUAAAGUUUUCAUUUUUUCACAUCAAUAUUUCUAAUGACCUUAUUAUGAGUCAAUUAUCACACAUUGGAGCAUAGUUUAAAGUAACAUAUGUUGUAAAUAUCAUAUCUGCAUACCUCAAAUUAUAUAUUAGUAAUACUGUAACAUUAAAUCUGUUGAUUAAUAUAAUAGUUUGUGAAUGAUUUACAGCACCACGGAACUCAACUAAAUCCAUAAUAUCUUAUAUUAUGUUACAUUUGUUUGUAUGCUAAGGUCUGAGUAACAAUGAUAUUGUUACAAAGACUAUAUUAAGAAUGUACUUUAUAGUUAUUUCCAGUAAAGUUUAUGUAGCAUUACUAGUUGAAACUUAAUGCUACUAGAUAUUGCUGGUCAAGUUUCAGUUCCCAUCUACUGCACUGGACAUUAUUAUAGUAUUUAGGAAUAAUUAUACUUUCAGUUUAUAUAUUUCUUAUACUUCAGUUUAUUUUCUUUCUAUAAAUGUAAAUUUACUUCUGAAAUUUAUAAUUGUGUCAUUAUUAAUUUAAUUUAUAGUUUAUUAUUAUUUGCUAGUUAAAUUAAUUAUUUAAUUUUCUCUAUAAAUGUAAAUUUACUUCU